AUGUAUCUGAGGGUAAUCUCACAGUGUCCAAAAGACUUAAGCUUUACCAAUUAUGGAGCAACAUUCGGUUUGGAAAUAGUUCGACGAAUGGUAGUACCUAGACUGAACUUCGAAACGUGUUACGAUGUUACUAAGGAUACGUCCAAGUGGCCAAUCACAGUGGAAUUAGCCGAACAACCUUACUGUGGACUGACUGAGAUGUAG